GGAUUUCAGCGUAAUUUCUUGUAAUUCAGAAGUCUGUUUGCGACCAAAGUUAAUGACCGACUUUGACAUUUAAAGCAGCUAGCUUCCUCCUGUUCGGCCAGCACUUCCUGCCUCGCCUUACCUCGACAAACCUCCUACUCCACCACCAGUUCACGCGACGCGUUUGUUUACGUCCAUGCGACUGAACAAGUCCUGAUUUGAAAAUGGAGGCUUCCAUUUCAUACCUAAACUUGAGAGACUUCUCUAAAGUCCUGCUUGCGUUGUCAAAAAUUGAUGAUGCUGUGCACUGGCAGAUGAAACGGAAUCAGAUUACAUUGGCUGCAUUGAAUUCUUCAAAAUCAGGAUUUGCUACAGCCUGCUUGAGACAGGGUUUCUUCGAAAAGUAUGUUUUCCGACCCGAUCCUCUGCAGUUGACUGGUUUCGCCAACGAAACUAUAGAGAUUAAGACGCAGCUGCGACCUUUAUUGGCCAUCUUCAAAAACAAACUCUUUGAGUCCUCAUCCCAUCCUGCGAAUGCCGUGGCUGCGAGCGUAGACGAUGACACUGCCAUGAAACGAAAUGUUACUGUUGAACAAGCCAGUUUCAAGUUGGUGACCGGAAGACACAACUGCAAUCUGACGGUAAAGUUGAGCUGUAAACAUGGUAUAGUAAAAACGUUUCGCAUCUCGUACGAACAGAUCGAAUCACCGCAUGCCAUGUUUGACAAGGCCAAUUGUCACAAUACAUGGACAAUCAAUUCCAAAGUGCUUCGAGACUUAAUCGAACAUUUUGGACAGCGAACAGAGGAGCUGUACUUGGAAGCAGCAAAUGAUCGACUCCUGUUAACAAGUUUCACGGAAGAAGUGGUCCACAAUAAUGACGUUCUAAAACAACCCACUCAAACAAGUGUGUCUAUUGAUGGCAAGGAAUUCGAACAUGUAGCACUCACUCAAGGUGUACCUAUUGCCAUGUCACUUCGGGAGUUUCGCGCAGCCGUAAGCUUGGCAGACGCACUCGGCGUAGACAUUAAUGCUUACUACAGCACCCCAAACAACCCGGCUCUGUUUGAAAUCGUCAAAGGACCACAACAAGAUGUUGUUGUGCAAAUCAUCGAGGCGACAAUUGCUCCGCCAGACGUUAACUCAAAGGCAACCGCAGCAGCGGGAGCACCUACGGGCACAGGAGCACGCUGGUAUCGUUCAGCGAGAACAGAUGGCGUGUUGCAACAAGCAGCCACUUCAAGACUAACUUCCAUGCUGUCAGUCCCGAGUCCUGCCAGACCCGAACUGAAUGCCAUAACAGCAGCAGCAGCAGAGCCUUUAGCAGCCGCCGACACCUCAAUCACCUCUGCAGAUAUAGACGCUAUGCCGGUGGAACCAGAGGCGAGUGUUAGUUGGCGUUCACAGUCCGACAACGCCGCUGAACCGCUAUUUCAGUCUAUUCUGUUCACCAAUUCCGAGCAGCAGGGUUCAAACGACGAAAACAGAGGGAGCCAAGGCGGUGGUUCCAUCUCUUACUACGUCGACGAAAUGCCGAACGAAGAGGAACUUGAGGCAUUCGCAGACGACAUUGACCAAGACGAGGAGUUUGGGCCCACCCAGAGGCAAGACCUGCAAAUUCACGGAAUCUUCAGUCAAAGCACUCAACGAUAAGAGAGCAAGAGCCAGAACAGCAGUAGUAAUAGUUGUUAACGAUUCAAUUUCAAGUUUAACAGCGGGAGACGAAGCAAAACCAUCAGUGUAAACAAUUCACGGGUUCAAGAACAGUUUCAACACGAAUUUCAG